CGACAUUCUUGGGCUUUCUUUCGCAGUCUGGCCGGCUGGUAGUGGUAGUCCAGGCCUAUGGAUGGAGGCUCAGGAUCAGCGGGCAGCUUGCCCGACAAUCGGAUGCCGCGAGUGCUACGGGACGCGUCGGUAGGGGAGGUCCUGCGAAGGUGCGGGAGCAGAGUGCCAUGGCUGACGAGUUUUCUCUGUUCUCUGACGAGGUGUGGUGUGGUGUGGUGUGGCGUGGUGUGUGUCUUGUCAGAAUGUCAGAACAGGCGCGGCUCCAGGCCGACACUGCUCCAGGCCGUCCCGCCGACCGUCAUCAACCCCGAGAUCAACCCCAACUCAAUCGGUAGCCGGACACGUGUGCAGCAGCGCUGGAUGGACAGAUGAGUUGUACCUGUCGUUAAAUUGUUCUGUUUGCUUUUGUUGGCUGUCAUCGGAUCUGAUGCAGCGCUCCGUCUACUAGAGCUGGAGCUCUGGUCGCUCAGAGACUCAUCGCUGCGGACGCUGCUGAAUUCUUUGCUGCUAGGAAUGACGGUGGCGGUCAACGGGUCGAGCGUCGACGUGAUGGCGAACGUGCCUCUGAACAACACCAGAUGGCGUGAGCCGCACACAUACACUGUCGUCCACAUCUGUCUUGGCUGACGAGUUUCUCUGUUCUCUGACGAGGUAUGGUGUGGUGUGUUGUGUGUCUUGUCAGCAUGGCGGCGCGGCACUUGAAUGCCGGUCCCGCCGACCGUCAUCAACCCCAACUUAAUCGGUAGCCGGACACGUGUGCAGCAGCGCUGGAUGGACGGUUGAGUUGUAACUCUCGUCAAACCGUUUUGUUUGCUUGUGUUGGCCGUCAGCUCUGGUCGCCCUGCUAGAGCUGCAGCUCUGGCCGCUCAGAGAUGCAUCGCUGCGGACGCUGAAUAUGCUGCUAGGAAUGACGGUGGCGGUCAACGUGCCGAGCGUCGACGUGAUGGCGAACGUGCCUCUGAGCAACACCAGAUGACGUGAGCCGUGCCGUGCCGUGCGAAAGCCGCAUACAUACACUGUCGUCCACAAUUGUUAUUCUAUCCGUCGGCCUGAUCAGAGACGUGGGGGAGCGUCCAGCGGAGCCUGUCCGCCCCUCUCCUGCUCCAGCUGCUGCUGCAGCGGCCGCCGCUGCAGCACCAUCUGCAGCAGAGAGACAGAGACAGGCCGAACUGCUCCGGGCGGCUUCUCUUUUCUUCUCUCCCCCCUCAUCACCAAGCCCACCACCUCAGUCAUCCCGACGACCACCACCAUCACAUCCUGCUGCUGCUGCUGCUGCCGGCGGUGGUGGUUAUGUGGGCCGUCACGGUGUGAGGCGUGAGCAUUUCGCAGAGGUGGACAAGAAGAGCCUCGAUGUGUUGGAGGCAGGUGGGUUGUGGGUGAGGCAUGAAACAUAAGACAAAUGUGACGUGAUGUAUUGCGUCGAUUGUGUGUAUGGUAUGGAGCAGCUGACAGUGAGUUGGAGGAUAAGGAGAUGCUUUGCUGCCCCAUUAGUAUGGAGAUCUUCCGCCAACCCGUGUCGAUCCCAUCGGUCAGACAGCGACCACACACCACACACUGCACACAACACAUACACACCUGCACGCAUCUCUCCCUCCCUCCCUCCCUCCCUCCCCCCUCUCUGUGCAGGGCAACACUUGUGAGUACACGGCCAUCGUGAACUACAUCCGCCAGUCGCGCCGCCGCCGCGAGGGCCCCCUUUCGCCCACCACACGGAAGUCCAUAAGUGAGGGUGACCUGAGGUCGAACCGAUUCGCCGUCAGCGCCAUUGAGGCCAUGGCCAGACAGGUAAGGUACCGUGGGGAGACAGAAGCCUAACCCACAACCUGACUUCUCUUCAUCUGUGUGGGUAAGGUCGUGCGUGAGCAAGACCUGAGGGCGCAGCUCAUUCGGCGAGAUGCAGGGAAGUCGCGUCUACCACCUCCACCGCCAGCCGCUGCCGCGGCGGCCGCGGCGCCAGCAACAGUCGGAGGGGCUGCCUUUUCCGGGGCUGGGGAGCAGGAAUCCUCAUCUAGCUAUGGUAGAGACAAAAGCGACGUAGGGCUUCGUUAUCGCUGUGUAUGUCGUUUGUCAUGUGUGUAUGUGUAGGUAUGGGCAAGCGUAGCGGUUCUCCGCUGCCACGUGAUGGGCAGAAAAGGCCCAGGAGAGAGGGGGAAGAAGAGAGAGAGGGAGAGGGAGACGGAGAGGGAGACAGAUAAGGUGACUGAAGGAGGUGAAUGGCUGUGCAUCGAAAAUGUGAUGGGAGCAGUCUGUGUGGGUCGAUGGAUGGAUGGAUGGAUGGGGACAUACACACACAAUUCA